UGUUUAAAUACGUUGAUUUGAUAUAACUAAUGUAUUAAAUUUGUCUGUUAAUAUUUAAAAAUACUUUUAGCUUUUCAUUAGCCAUGAAGGUGACAUAUUCCUGGUUGAUAUAUUCAUGUUUUAUUUUCGGAAUUGGAAUUUCGUGUGACAAAAAACUCGAAAAACUACAAGCUGAAUCAUCUUGCUUAAAAACCACCAAGAACACGUUUCAUUGUUCAAAUGGGUCAUGUAUCAUGAGGUCGUCAGUUUGUGACGGUCAGAAAGAUUGCUUAAAUGGUUCAGACGAAAAUGAAGAGUUAUGUGCUCAAUACGAGUAUGGAAUGAAUAAAACAACAGAAUGCGGUAGAGUAAAUACUUCUGGCAAUCCAGUAUCAACCAUCAAUGGUGAGAAAGCACUGGUUGGAACAGCGCCAUGGAAUGUUGCAAUAUACGAAUCAGACGAUAAUAAUACAGAAUAUUUCGCAAUAUGUGGAGGAUCAAUAAUUGCUCCAAAUUUAGUUGUUACAGCCGCACAUUGUUUUUGGAACGAAGAUUCUAAUAACAUAACAAUAAACUAUGAAUCAUACAAAGUCGCCAUUGGAAAAUACGAUAGAAAUUUCACAGUAGUUGACUAUGAAUUUACUCAAAUAAUGAAUGUGGAAACUAUUUAUUUACAUGAAGAUUUUACUUCAGUUCAUAGUCUAUAUGAUCACGAUAUAGCUGUUAUCGUGUUAUCAAACAUAAUUUCUUUAAAUAAUUUUGUUGCACCUAUCUGUAUCGAUUGGAAUGGUUUAUACAAUGUACCGAAUGGAGCCGAAGGAAAGAUUAUUGGCUGGGGAUCUAAGAAAAACAAAACAAUAAGUUCCAUUUUAUUUGAAUAUUCAUUACCAUUUAUCGACCGAAAUUCGUGUAGAAAUAUGUAUACUAGUCUAUUUCAAUAUUUUUUGACUGUAGAUAAAUUCUGUGCUGGUUCUGUUUCGGUGUCAAGACCAGUAAUUGCUGAUCACCGUAAUAGUGGUGCCGGCUUAGCCUUUGUACACUCAAAUUUGUACUAUUUAACGGGAAUAAAAAAUUUGAAUGAACCAAAUACAGAGGACAAUCGAAUUCAAGUUUUUAUAGAUGUUAAGCAACAUGUUGAAUGGAUUCGUAAGCUGUACGUUGACAAUUUGAACAAUAAUAUAAAAUUUUGCGUUUUACCAACCGUUGAAGGAGUAAUAUAUUCUUAUGAAGAUUCGGAUAAAAAAUUAGCUUAUGGGUCAUUAAUUAUUGAGAAUCGUACUGUAAUUGAGAAUUGUGAUGUUGGAUAUUAUAAGGUUUCCUCCGAGAGUUAUAGAGUUUGUCAAGGAAACGGAAAAUGGUUAUCGACCUCAGAGAAAUUGUGUAUCAAAAUGUGCCCACCUCUAUUAUCAGAUAGUUUAGAUAUUAAAUGUACUCUAAAUGGUAAGUUUGCUAAUUGUUCAAAUCCAUCGAUACCUGAUACAAUAGCCAUACCAUCAUGCAAACCAACAUAUUUUGCACCAACUGGACUAGAAAAUGCUCCUCUUGAAUUAAUUUGUCAAUCUAAUGGAAUGUGGGAUAAUCAACUAUAUAAAUGCAAUCCAUAUUGUGGAAAAGUAUAUGUUUAUAGCCAAACCAUGAUUGCUAAUGAUGAGAAAGCACUUGUGGGAACAGCACCUUGGAAUGUUGGAAUAUAUCGAUUAAACAAAAAGAAUACAAAUUAUGAUCUAAUAUGUGGAGGAUCAAUAAUUGCUCCAAAUUUAGUCAUUUCUGCCGCUCAAUGUUUUUGGUACAAAGGAAUAUUAUCUAAGAAAAUAACAAUAUACGAUGAAUCAUAUAAAGUUGCCAUUGGAAAAUAUGAUAGAAAUUUAACAGUAGUUGACAAUGAAUUUACUCAAAUAAUGAAUGUAAAAACUAUUUAUUUAAAUGAGGAUUAUACCGGAGCUGAUGGUUUCAAGAAUUAUGAUAUAGCUGUUAUUGCGUUAUCAAAAAUAAUUACUUUUAAUAAUUUUGUUGCACCUAUCUGUAUCGAUUGGAAUGGUUUAUACAAUGUACCGAAUGGAGCCGAAGGAAAGAUUGUUGGCUGGGGAAAUACGGAAAACGGUAUAUUAAGUCGUUUUUUAAUAGAAAGUGCAUUACCAUUUAUCGACCAAAAAUCUUGUAAAGCAAUGUAUAGCAAAGGAUAUCAACAUUACAUGACUGUUGAUAAGUUUUGUGCUGGUACUUUAUCGGUUUCUAGAAUUGGAUCUGGUGUGUUAAGUAUUGGUUCCGGCUUAGCGUUCGAACACUCAAAAUUGUAUUACCUAACUGGAAUAAUGAAUAUGAAGCAACCGGAUAAAAAUGACUCAGUCAGAGUUUUUAUAGAUAUUAAACAUCAUGUUGAAUGGAUUCGUAAACUGUACAUUGAAUAUUUGAACAAUGAUGUAAAAUUUUGCGUUUUACCAACCGUUGAAGGAGUAAUAUAUUCUUAUGAAGGUUCGGAUAAAAAAUUAGCUGAUGGGACAUUAAUUAUUCAGUAUCGUAAUGUUAUUGAGAACUGUGAUGUUGGAUAUCAUAAGGUUUACUCCAAGAGUUAUAGAGUUUGUCAAGGAAACGGAAAAUGGUUAUCGACCUCAGAGAAAUUGUGUAUCAAAAUGUGCCCCCCUCUAUUAUCAGAUAGUUUAGAUAUUAAAUGUACUCUAAAUGGUAAAUUUGCUAAUUGUUCAAAUCCAUCGACACCCGAUACAAUAGCCAUACCAUCAUGUAAACCAACAUACUUUGCACCAAUUGGACUAGAAAAUACUCCACUUGAAUUAAUUUGUCAAUCUAAUGGAAUGUGGAAUAAUCAACUAUAUAAAUGCAAUCCAUACUGUGGUAUAUUGUAUGCUUAUGGCCAAACAUUGAUUGCUAAUGGUGAGAAAGCACCUGUUGGGACAGCACCUUGGAAUGUUGGAAUAUAUCGAUUAAACAAUAAUAAUUUAAAAUAUGACUUCAUAUGUGGAGGAUCAAUAAUUGCUCCAAAUUUAGUCGUUUCUGCCGCUCAUUGCUUUUGGUACAAUGGAAUUCUAUCUAAUAAAAUAACAAUAUACAAUGAAUCAUAUAAAGUCGCCAUCGGAAAAUAUGAUAUAAAUUUAACAGUAGUUGACAAUGAAUUUACUCAAAUAAUGAAUGUAGAAACUAUUUAUUUAAAUGAAGAAUAUACUGGAUUUCAAGGUUUCCAUGCUCAUGAUAUAGCUGUUAUUGUGUUAUCGAAUAUAGUUUCUUUUAAUAAUGUUGUUGCACCUAUUUGUAUCGAUUGGAAUGGUAUAUACAAUGUACCAAACGGAGUUGAAGGAAAGAUUGUUGGCUGGGGAAAUACGGAAAAUGGUACAUUAAGUCCUAUUUUAUUACAAACUUCAUUACCAUAUAUCGACCGUAAUUCUUGCAGAAAUAUAUAUAAUAGCGGAUUUCAAUUGUUUGUGACUGAUGAUAAGUUUUGUGCUGGUUCUACAUUAGUUUCAGGACGAAAUUUAGGCGGUGGAGAUAGCGGUUCAGGCUUAGCAUUUUUACACUCCCAUUCUUAUUAUUUAACCGGCGUAUUGAGUCUUAAGGAAAUAAAUUCAAACAAUUCAAUCGCAGUUUUUACCAACAUUAAGCACCAUGAGCAAUGGAUUCGUGGAUUGUAUUACAAACAUAAUUAAGUCCGAUAAGAUUAAAGUAAUGAUAAAAAUUAAUUUAUU